AGUGAACUUUCGCACAUGGUUAAGAACGCAUCCAUCGGUUACACAACAGCUGUUAAAUGUGUUCUUAAUCCAUAUUAUAAUCCAAUAUGCGGCACAGAUCACAAAACGUACGGAAAUAAAGAUUUAUUAAAUUGCUACAAUCGACAACGACCACGACAACGACAGGUCCGACCUAUGUAUCAUCGAGAAUGUGAACCACUGAUCUGUCCCAGCUAUCAAGAUUUACAAGGAAUGUGGCGAAGUUCUGUUCCAGUUUGUGCAAACAACGGAUACACGUACGGCCACAUCCAUCAAGUUCGGUGUUUGAAAGAUUUUAUGCCAAACCUACAGGUACUACAUGAGGGUGGUUGUACUUUAUACGAAGUGCGCAAGGCACUCGGCCUGAAUGUGAAAAAGAAGGCAUGUGCCGAGAAGCGAAUUACAUUCGAACAAAAUGCCAUUUGUACAACGCAUAAUGUCACUUACGCAAAUCCGUUCAAAGCGCUGUGUGCUAUGCGUCCGAGAUUACGUGAGAAAAUCGGCGGUGUUUGUGGUUGUCCAUUUCAGCGAAGCUGUGAAAAGGCACAUGAACUGCAACAGUCGUUACGUUCGGCACCGAUUCAUGAGCGAACGAAGUUUGUGGUAUGCGGAAGCGAUUGGAGAACAUACAGAUCACAGCACCAUUUGGAAUGCACAAGGCGAUACAAUAGUUAUUUGUAUAUGAUUCAUCGAGGACGGUGUAAGCAGCUCGAAGAACCUUGUCCUGAAAAAUUGAAAUUCAUCAAAGCUCCGACACCAGUAUGUGGUUCUGAUGACAAAUCGUAUGUGUCAUAUGAAGCACUAAUUUGUGCACAAUUUAGAAUCAGUAAAGGAUUGAAGUACAAUCAUUCGGGAGCUUGUGUACGAAAAACUUGAUUUAAUGGAUCUGUAGACGACGGUGUGGAUGAUGAGUUUAUUUUUUCGAAGUGAAGUUGGUAUGGGAAUCUGUGAUAUGAAAAACACUAAUUAUUUAAAGCCAACGUGAAAAUAUACAAUUAACGAAAGAAAAAAAAUAUUUAAAAAAUAAAUGAAAAUCGAAAAUAUUUAUUCUCAAUGUAAAUUAUUUAUUUCAAAAAUAAUAAAAUUUUAUUCGUACAAA